AGUCGUUUUGAUAACAGGGUUGUGGCAAAGAGGAGCUUUUCGGGGGUUAGUCUUCGCCCUCUUUCGGAUGCUAAAAAUCAAAUUACCGAGUGAAUCCUUUUAUUUAUUUUGGUACGUACCUACAUAUUUAUUCUAUUGGUAUUUUGUAUUUCGGUACGUAAAUAUCUACUAUGGGUACUUUAUUGCCGCUUUGUUCCAAAGAGUCGAUUUUUGUUAUCACUAGGUUAAAAUCAAAAAAAGCUUCCAAAUUAGGCAUAUUGUGUUUAUCUCUGAUUAUUUUUUUUAACAAGAAAAUGGAUAAAUAGAUGGAAUCAACUAAAUUGUUCGGAAUAUGGCUUCCCAAAUUUCCUGCUCAAGUUCUGCUCAAGCCACUGUGUUCGGCUUCGUUGAAAGUCUGGUCAAAACCAUCCCGGGAAAUACAACUGGCUGCGAAAGAGAGUACAGGGUGGAAUCUUUAAAUAAUAUGGCCAAAACGCGAGACGAGCCACAGGGUAGAAUGGACAAUCGACGUAUUCUGAAGAUAAAACAACAGGUGGCCAAACAGAAUAACUUCAUCAAUGAGCUGAAAAAGAAUAUCCGUCUCUUGGAAGCGAUGACACCCAAAUCCAUCUCGGACCGAGAGAAGCUUGCCUUCCUGAGAAGCCGCCUGGAUAAAGAAAAUGAGCUGCUGAACAACUUGUUAAGUAAACUUAUCGGAGAACAGAAGCAAUCCGAUAGUCCAGUCUGGGAGCAGAUUCGGCUUUGCAGCGAACCUUUGGACGAUUUUUCUCGUAAUCCGUGGAUGCUGGGAAAUGUACCAAUAUUUGACCAAUGUUUCUCCUUCGAUUCUACUCUAUCAUCGUUGAGUUCCAAAGCUCAGGUUGGUGGCGAAUCGAAUUACCUGGAUGAGGAUACGAAAAAUAGGCUGAAGAAAGAACUGAUGAAUCGGGAUCGAGUUAUUGAUAUUUUGCAAGCUCGUGUUGAGGCACUCACCGCGGAUGUCCUGAACGUAAAGAAGGAUAAUGAAGCUAUUUUGGACAAAACUCCUAGGCAAACCAAAUUCUGCGACGCGGACAUAUUUAAUCGGUUGCGGUUUUACAAAGAAAAUACAGACGCAUUAGAAAAGAACUUACAACAAAUGGGAGCAGCGUUGGAUGUGAUACGGUCGGAGUUGGGCACCACCUUGCCUGGGGAAUUCCAAGAUCCAAUCGGAUGUAGCACGUUGAUUACGUCAUGGGACAGCGGUAAAACAAAUGGGGAAGAAGCGAAAUCGUCCGCUAUGUCCAAGCAAGGUGACGAUCAGUACAACAGCCUUAUGAAAAAGUUUGCUAAAAAGUCGAACGAGUGCAAAAAAUUAACAGAUCGUUUAGCUAAAGCAUGUUCCUGCCGAAGUGAAUCUCCGGAGCAACUGGAAGGAGAUGUCCUAAAAAACCGAUGUUCGGAACUGUUGGACGAGCAAGAAGAGUUUAAGAUUCUUAUCAAAGAGCAAGGUGAUCAACUUGAGGAGUACCGUGGAAAAUAUAUAGCAGCACAGCAGCAAGUUGAAGAGCAAAAACUGCAAAUGGAUAAAAUGGACGUAACGAAUCGGCAAAUCGAGGAGCAAAUAAACAUGGAAGUCCAAAGAAUCAAAUCCAAAUUUCAAUACAAGCUUAGGCAACUAACGCCUUUCCCUAAGCUGCUGGAAGCCGAAGAGCAGAAGGUGAAAAAUUUGAAGACAUCAAAUCAAAAGCUUUUGGCAGAACUGAAAAAGUCAGCAAUGGAAAUCAAGUCGUUAGAGUACCGUCUGCACACUGCACACGCUUCACAGAACGUUGCAUUGGAGAAAGCUCACAAUCUGCUCAAAGUCGAGUUGAAACAGGUGAAGGAAACUUUGCAAACCGAGGAAGUAACGAGAGAAAAACUGCAAGACCAGCUGGUCGCUGCGCAGAAAGAAAUGGAAGAAGUUAGAACAGAGACAGCUAAAAUUAUCGCUCGAGCUAACGACCGAUCCCAGGAAGAUCGAAAAACGGACCAAGCGAGAAUUCAUGGCCUUGAAAUGGAAUUAGCUAAGUGCCGCGCUGCUGCCUCCGUGACUAUCAAUAACCGCGAAGAAGCUUUGCGUGAAAUGCAAUGUCAGAUAGGGGUGCUAUCGGGUAGCUUGAAUGACGCCCAAAUUCAGAUACAAUCACUCCGUAAUCAGCUCACGUUUUUGCAGAAUGAAAGAUAUGGCUCGCGUGUCUAAAGGCCUUAUCAAUUCACAAUUGAAGUCAAUAAACUGUUUCAAACAAACUGAUUCAGUGGUUUUCUUUUGUUUACAAGAUCACCGCCAUUUGUUUCAUUGUCUUUCUAUUGAA